AACUGGAUCAAGCCAAUCAUCUUGCUCGAGUGUCUCAACAAGGAAUAUGAUGCAGUCUGCCUGGAUGGACCGGCUACCAGAACAGACUGGUACACCAAGAUCCAUCCUCAGAGAUAUGUGCCUGCCUUGAUUGAUAACUCCAUGGGUAAACGUGUUACCUCGUGGGACAGCUCUCAGAUCCUCAUGUACUUGGCCGCCCAGUAUGAUGUUGAAAAGGCAUGGUGCGGGUCGACGGUAGCGGAGGAUCUGGAAAUUGGAAACUGGCUGACCUUUGAAACUGCAUCUCUUGGGCCUACUGCCAAGUACUGGGUCUGGUAUGCAAUCCGGAAGCCCGAGGACAAGAACCCAAAGGCGCAAGAAAAGAUGCUCAAUGACCUGAGAGUCCAAUAUGGAAUCAUCGAAAAGCAUCUUUCGCAGCCUGGCCAAGAGUUCAUUGGGCUCAAAGAUCGGCCGACUAUUGCAGACAUUGCCAUCUACCCUUUUGCCGACGAUCCAACCAUGGCCCGUAUGGGUAUUUACAAGAAUGACUUUCCGGCGUUGAAGGCUUGGAGCGAGAGAUUCGCAGAGAUUCCUGGCGUGAAGAAGGCUUAUGACGAGAUG